AUGGUCGUUUUAGCUGCGUGUAUAUGUACUCAUGGCGGCAAAGCGCUCCUUGCCAGGCUGUUCAGACAAGUUGAUAAGGACAGAAUCACAGCGCUCUUGGCCAAUUUUCCCGGUCUCCUUUCAAAAGCUGGAUCCCAAUCGACCACCGUGGAAGAUGAAUCAGUAAGAUACGUGUACCAACCAUUGGAGGAAUUUUACGUGGUUGUUUUGACGAACAAGCAGCUGAAUAUUCUUCAGGACAUUGAUACGUUGCACCUUUUCGUAUCUGUUGUCUCCAAUAUUGUGAGAAGCAUGGACGAAAGAGAGGUACUUGACAACGCCUUCGAGAUCUUGUCUGCUUUUGAUGAAAUCGCUACUAUGGGAUACAAGGAGAAACUCACUUUGUCACAAGUGCAAACGUACUUAGAGAUGGACUCGCAUGAGGAGAAAAUUCAAGAAAUCAUUGAGAGAAACAAGGAAUUGGAGGCUAUUGAAGAGCGCAGAAGACGUGCAAAGGAAAUUCAGAGAAAGGAAUUGGCUCGUAAAAAUAUGGAGCAGCAGCUGGCCAUGUUCAACGCAGGUGCACAGUCUGCCUCCUCUGCCAGCAAUAUCACUUAUGGCUACCCAACGAACACCACUCCUUCGUACGAUACGACGGCACAGGUGGAGAGUGAUGCUCCUGCUCCUUCAGGUGACUUGUUGCUGAAAAGAUUGGCUGCUCCUGCCGGUGCAGGGUUGCAAUUGGGCAAGAAGGCUGGCAAGGUGGCUCAGCACGACCCUCAAUCGCAGCCAUUGCUCACAACUAACACGCCCUUUGCUGGCGGAGCUUUGGUAUCUGAUCUCGUCAAGCCUGCGGCGGGUAAACAGCCAGCUCCGGCUGCCCCCUCAAUUGCGAUUCCUUCCCAAGCAUCUGUCUCUGCUUCACCAGCAGUUCGUUCAGAGCUUGCUUCCGCCACUGCCUCUCCAGCUCCUCAAGGUGGUUCCAAACCUUUCAAUAACGGUAUUCUUAUUACCAUCAAUGAGAAGAUCACUGCAGACAUCUCACGCGAAGGUUCUGUGGUGACCUCAGAAGUGAAAGGUGACUUGCAAUUGCGUAUCAAUGACCCACAGCUCGCCAAGGCCAAGAUCUUGUUAAAGACGGGCUCAAGCCUGGCAUUCCAAUACAAGACACAUCCGAACAUAGACAGAGCUUUGUUUAACAGCCAGAGCAUCAUUGGCCUUAAGGACAAGGCAAAAGCGUUCCCUAGCAACGAUCAAAAUGUCGGUGUUUUGCGUUGGAGAGCUUCAAGUACAGAGGGUAGCGAUUUAGUGCCACUCUUAGUGACUGCAUGGGUUGGUGUCAAUGAAGGAGUUGCCGAUGUGACGCUAGAGUAUGAAGUUCCUCAAAACUAUAUUGACUCUCAUCCAUCACAGGAGAGUAUUGACAACGUGCAGUUUCUAGUGCCUAUAGCGCUGGAUGAAGUCCAACUAAAAGAUGAGACUGGUGCUCAAGUCAGUUACGAUGUUACAGACUCAGGUGUGUUGUUCACGUUGUCGCUGAUUCCGCUUGCUGACCCACUGGGUACUUUUGAGUUCUCCAUUCCUGCGAUGGACGAGGACUCCUUGUUCCCCGUGAGAGUCUCACUUGAGAUACAUAGAACCGAGGAUGUCACUGAAUCAGACGUUGCCUUCGGAAAAGUGCAGGUGUUGGAUGUCACCACCGCGGACGAAGAUGAGGCAUCGUUGCCUUUCACAUUGCAUCAAAAUGUUGUCACAGAGCUGUUUACAGUGCAGUAA